UUUUCUCAACUUAUCUCUUUAAAGACGGCUAGUUAUAGAGAAUCUAUCACACUGUGGGUUGUUGGAAAAGUUCACUUAAAUUUGCACGAGGGUGUUUUUGUUUUACAUAUCUGCAACAAUGUCUUCCCCAAGUUCGACUCCUGGUCGCAAACGUGGAAGGAACACCAACCCGCCCGCACCAACCAGCGAGGAUCCCACCUCGCCUCCCUCUCAGCGACGCAGAGGACAGGACUCCUCCACCGGGGACCUUAUGCCAAUGCCAACCUCCCCGGCCACUGACAUACUCAGUCCCGCAGCUCCACAGGACACUUCUCUGUUUUCCAGCCCACGUCCUUCAGUCUUGCCAAAUGAAGUGGAUAUGAGUUCCCCUCUUAUGUAUGGGACCCCCAGCUCAAGGGUUGAAGGGACCCCACACAGUGGAGUGCGUGGCACACCUGCCAGACAGCGCCCUGAUCUGGGAUCAGUCAGGAAAGCUCCACAAGUCGAUCUUCAUUCUGAGCCGCCGAGUGCAGACGGUGCUGUUGCUAGUGAACCAAACGCAGCCCAGAGACUGGUGAUCUGGGGGACUGACGUCAAUGUCGGGACAUGUAAGGAGAAGUUCCAGAGGUUUCUGCAGAGGUUCAUUGACCCAACCUCCACAGAGGAUGAGAACGCUGGUCUGGACCUUAACGAGCCUUUGUACAUGCAGAAACUGGAAGAGAUCAGUGUUGUCGGGGAUCCUGUGCUGAAUGUGAACUGUCAACAUGUGCAGGCCUUUGAUGCAGAGCUGUACAGGCAGCUCAUCUGCUACCCCCAGGAAGUCAUUCCAACCUUUGACAUGGCAGUCAACGAGCUUUUCUUUGAGCGGUUCCCAGACUCAAUCCUUGAGUACCAGAUCCAAGUCCGUCCCUACAACGCUCUAAAAACCAGAAACAUGAGGAGCCUGAACCCAGAAGACAUCGAUCAGCUGAUCACCAUCAGUGGCAUGGUGAUCCGCACCUCACAGCUCAUCCCCGAGAUGCAGGAGGCUUUCUUCCAAUGCCAGGUGUGCGCCUUCAGCACCCGCGUGGAGGUGGAUCGCGGCCGCAUCGCUGAGCCGGCCGUGUGUCGCCACUGUAACAUCGCCCACAGCCUGGCACUCGUUCACAACCGCUCAGUUUUUUCAGACAAACAGAUGGUCAAAAUUCAGGAGUCUCCGGAAGACAUGCCAGCUGGUCAGACCCCUCACACCACUAUUGUGUAUGCUCAUAAUGAUCUGGUUGAUAAAGUACAGCCAGGAGACAGAGUGAACAUCACUGGCAUCUACAGAGCUGUCCCCAUGCGCGUUAACCCCCGUCAGAACAAUGUGAAGUCGGUCUACAAGACCCACAUUGAUGCCAUCCACUUCCGCAAGACAGACGAAAAGCGUCUGCACGGUUUGGAUGAAGAGGCCGAACAGAAGCUCUUCACCGAGGACCGCGUGCAGACCCUGAAGGAGCUGGCAGCCAAGCCAGAUGUCUAUGAACGCCUCUCCUCCGCCCUCGCACCGAGUAUCUACGAACACGAGGACAUCAAAAAGGGCAUCCUGCUGCAGCUGUUUGGCGGCACUCGUAAGGACUUCAGUCAGACCGGUCGAGGAAACUUUCGUGCAGAGGUGAACAUCCUCCUCUGCGGAGACCCUGGCACCAGCAAGUCUCAGCUGCUGCAGUAUGUCUACAACCUGGUGCCCCGCGGCCAGUACACGUCAGGAAAGGGCUCCAGUGCUGUGGGUCUCACCGCCUACGUUAUGAAGGACCCAGAGACAAGGCAGCUGGUCCUGCAGACUGGAGCCCUGGUGCUCAGCGACAACGGCAUCUGUUGCAUUGACGAAUUUGACAAGAUGAGCGACAACACUCGCUCUGUGCUGCACGAGGUCAUGGAGCAGCAAACCCUCUCCAUCGCCAAGGCUGGAAUCAUUUGCCAGCUGAACGCCCGCACCGCUGUGCUGGCAGCUGCAAACCCUGUAGAAUCUCAGUGGAACCCCAAAAAGACCACCAUCGAGAACAUUCAGCUCCCUCACACACUGCUUUCUAGAUUCGACCUCAUCUUCCUGAUGCUGGAUCCCCAGGAUGAAGCUUACGACCGCAGGCUGGCCCACCACCUGGUAUCCCUGUACUACCAGAGCGAGGAGCAGAUGGAGGAAGAGUUCCUUGACAUGGCAGUGUUGAAGGACUACGUUGCAUACGCACGGACAUACAUUAACCCAAGACUGAGUGAGGAAGCCAGCCAGGCCCUUAUUGAGGCUUAUGUUGACAUGAGGAAGAUCGGCAGUGGCCGUGGGAUGGUGUCUGCCUACCCCAGACAGCUCGAGUCGCUGAUCCGCUUGGCAGAGGCGCACGCCAAGGUACGCUUCUCCGAGAAGGUGGAGACCAUCGACGUGGAGGAGGCUAAGCGGCUCCACCGAGAGGCCCUGAAACAGUCAGCCACUGACCCCAGGACAGGAUUUGUUGACAUCUCUAUUUUGACGACAGGUAUGAGUGCCACAGCUCGCAAGCGCAAGGAAGAGGUUGCCCAAGCCCUGAAGAAGCUGAUCCAGGCCAAAGGAAAGACUCCGGCAAUGAAAUACCAGCAGCUGCUUGAUGACCUGAGAGGACAGUCUGAAACUGCGAUCACUAAGGAGCUGUUUGACGAAGCGCUGCGAGCCUUGGCUGACGAGGAUUACUUGACAGUGACUGGAAAGACUGUCCGGCUGCUUGCUUGAGGCGCACCCUGCAAUUAUGUACAGUCCUUAAUUUUAAAUCCUGUGUCCAUCUUCUCUCAUACUGUUAUAAAAAGAAAAAAAAGUUUGUGUAAUUGAACCAGCAUGUUCCCUUGGCUGUAUUAUUCUCAGAUUUCGACAUGAAGAAGAAUUACCUAAUGACUCACUGAGGAGUCGGUCUGUGUUGAAAGGGUGGGGUAAACUCACAAAGUGAUAAGUAAUAGAGCUGAUAUUUAAAAAUACUUAUUUCUUUUGUUUGCUAUUCAUUUUAAAAGGAUACUCUUGCUCUGUUAUGCUGCUCUGUUGUAUCUUGGGUUAUGUAUAUUGUUCUUCAAUCCUCAUUGUUGCUGCAGCGAAGCUCCUAGUCUAGACUGUUAAUAAAGAAAAAAUAAAAUGUUCA